UUGCCACACUUGCCAACACCGCUGUGCAUAGAUUGUUGAAGUUAAUGUGCAAAAACAAAACUUUCUUAAAUUAAACCAAUAUUAUUAAUUGCACACAAAAUGCAGCGUGAGGAAAAGCACUUCGAAAUGACGCUGGACGCCGUCGUGCAGCGUCUGAACGAUUUGAAGUUGGCAGUCUUAGCCAUGAUACAAAAACUGGAAAUGGAAUACAUGGACAUCAAUUGGCCAACAUUUCUGGAUAACUUUGCCAUUAUUUCCAGUCAUUUGACAGGUCUAACAAAGAUUCUGGCCAAGGAGCAGUGUCCGGCAUUGCGAAAUCGAACAGUACUGCCGCUACUAGUGUCCAUGGAUCGCGACGAGACAAUGGUCAACAUUACCGAGGGUCGUGUGCCGGUCUUUUCACACGACAUUGUUCCCGAUUAUCUGCGCACUCGUCCCGAUCCCAUAACCGAGCAGAAGAUGCAGCAGAACGAACAAAAGGCGGCCAAUCUGACUAACGAUGCAGCCAUGAAACAGGUCACACAAUACAACAAAGUGGUCUCGCACGUCCUGGAUAUGGUGAGCAAAGCUCGCGAGGAGUGGGAGAUUGAGUCGAGUUCACGCACUGGCAUCCAGCAGACCAGCAGCAUGGCGGACACACAGCUCCUGGUGGCAGCCGUAGGCAUGGGCAAGGGAUUGCAGUUCAAGGCGAACUAUGGUCCUGGACCCGGCAUGAUGGUGCCACCCUCUAUACGAGGUCCAACACCGCCCAUGGGCGGACCAUCCAUGAGCCCGGGCAAUGUGCAACAGCAGCUGGGCAAGGCACCAUCAGCGGUAAAGACGAACAUCAAAUCAGCAAAUCAAGUGCAUCCAUUUUCUCGGUAG